UGGACCUUAGACGCUAGGGUUUAGUCUUUGGAGCCUAAAAACCCUGCACCCUCUGGAACUCACUGGUUCACUCCAGGUAACGAAGGAAUUGUAUCUGAUUGAUAGCCGAAGGGGUAAUGGCUGCGAAGGACGAGUAUCGAAUAUUUGUUGGAGGACUUUCAUGGAAUGUCUCGGAGCGUGAGCUUGAGAACGCUUUCAGCCGCUACGGCAAAAUUAUUGAAACUCAGAUCAUGUUAGAACGAGAUACAGGUCGUCCUCGUGGGUUUGGUUUUAUUACCUUCGCAGAUCGUCGAGGGAUGGAUGAUGCAAUAAGAGAGAUGCAUGGGCAUGAAUUUGGUGAGCGGAUUAUCUCAGUAAAUAAAGCUGAACCCAAGAUGGAGGGAGAUGAUAGAGAGCCAGGUUUCAGGGGGGGAGGCUAUUCAUCUGGUGGUAGGGCUAGUUUUGGGAGAGGAGGAGAUAGAUCUGUGGGGCAAGAUGAAUGCUUCAAGUGUGGACGCCCAGGGCAUUGGGCACGAGACUGUCCUUCAACCGGUGGUGGACGUGGUAGGGGUAGAGGUUCAUUUUCAUCGCGUUCUCGAUUUGAUGGUGAUAGUCGUGGGGAUCGUUUUGGAGGAGAUCGUGACCGGUAUGUCGAUGACCGUUAUGAUGGAGGGCGAGAUGGGGGGCGCUACGGUGAUAGAGAUCGUUUUGACCGUAGGGAUGACAAAUAUGGAAGUCGAGACCGCUAUUUUGAAGACAGGUACCCAUCUGCUGGAGAUCGUUUUGCAGGUGGUGAUAGGUAUGAUGUUAGUGAUCGAUAUCCUCAAAAUGGCUAUGUCAAAGAAAGAGGUGGCUACGAUAGGGAUAUUGGUCCUAGGAGUGGCAGUGAUAGGUAUGGUACUGGAGGAGGUCCUGGCCGUUACGAGGGAAGAAGUUACAGAGAUAGGCCAGGCCCUUACGACCGCCCAAGCAGGGGAGGACGACCGUCUUCCUACGAGCGCUAUUAAAAUUCAGAUGUACGUACUGUUCGUAGUUUAUUUACAAUUGCAUAUCAUUCUACAAACUUAUGAGUUAGCUGGGAUGUGCACUUGCAAUGAACUCCUUAUGCAACCUCUGAUCUUCCUUUUUUUUUUUUUU